AUGGCCGAGGGCAUUGGAAGCCCGCGUCAGAAGUCCUGGCCAUUAGCGAAAAAGCUAUCACCUGCUGUUAUUGAUGGAUUGCGGCGGAAUAAAUCGCUCCGAUUUGCAGACACGGAAGGGUUGCCAUUGGUGACAAUCUUUAACAUUCGUCGUGCUGACAGCUGUGAGUCAUUGUCUUCAUUGUCAUCAAAUAGCAGUAGCAUAAACGAUGUGAGUUCUACAGUGUCCGGUCCCGCUGCAUCAUGGCAGCGCAAACGACUGCCAGCCAGUAAAUUGUUUAGUGAGUUUCUGAGUGGCCUGCCGGCUUCGAGCAGUUCGUCAUCGUCGGAUUGUCCGAGCACUGUAGAUCGACGGCUGCGCUUUGUCCAGCGCCAGCCAUCGUCACUACCCGAUUUCCACCGCUCCCUGCAGCGCAAUUUGAUCAGCGUGGAGAAUGUGGCUAUCCGUGCUAUGACUGUGUUCGCUAUUGUGCGCGUGCGCAACAUUGCCUAUGAGAAGCAUGUUGCCGUCCGGUAUACCAUGGACAGUUGGAGUACGUCUAAGGACAUUCAGGCUAGUUAUGUGGAUGGGUCGUGUGACGGCCCCACCGAUCGCUUCUCUUUCACAGUACUUGUGGGUGAUGACUUUCCGGUCGGUGGCAAAGUUGAAUUUGCUGUCUACUUCCGAGCGUCUGGGGCAGAAUUUUGGGAUAACAAUGGAGGUGAGAAUUUUUCCGUAACAUGUGAGCAAAGGUAA